AGAUCGCUCAUUUAUUGAACGUUUCUUCACAUUAGUGCGCACUCGAGUGCGCCACACACGCAGGCAGCGAGACACACACGGCAGAGCUCUCGAACACACCGCGAUCUGACCGCGCGCGCAGCCGGAUCAUUCAAAAUUUCAAAAUUCGAAUGUAACAGCAGCGGCGGGAUGCAACAUUAUAUCCGUCCGUCGGCGCUUUGAUCAACGCACAUCACGCAGGAUGGAGAGGAAACUUUGCUGAACGUAACAGCUGAUUUUUCAUUUGCUUUGCUUCAGAUAUGGAGAGCUGACAGCUGAACGCGUGCAGGCGGAAGUACGACGACAGACAGCCACAGGAGCCACUAGAUCUACACAUCAGGCGACGAUUUUAGGCCAUAUCCACUGUCCUUAGUCAUGGCUGCUUACGGACAGACGCAAUACAGCCCCGCGUUACAACCGGCCGGUCCGUACACACCAUACACACAUCACACACAGGGCUACAGCAUGGCAUCCUACAAUAUUAAAACAGAAGAUGGCUUGAGUCAUUCACCAGGACAGAGCAGUCUUCUGGGAUACACAUCCAACUUCAGCGGUACUCCACCCGCUCAGACGCUCUACAGUUACUCCACACACGGCGGCAGCAUUUCGUCUGGAAUUUUCCAGGGUGCAAACAGCAUCACAGGCUCAACGCCAUUCAGUCCUGCACAGCAGCAGGACUUCUCAACGUAUUCUAGCUACAGUCAAAGUCAAUAUUCGCCAUACUACAACACACACUACAACAGCCCGUACAUCACAACCAGCAAUAUCACACCCUCUGCCAUCACAACAGCAAUACCCUAUCAGCACACAGAUCAUCCCGUUGUAUCGACCAAUCACAGCCCGGAAUCACACACAGCAGAGUACCACGCUCCCACGAGUCCUCCGACUCCAGGAAAGGAGCAGGAAGGCGCUCCAGCGAGACGCAGCUCAGAUGGGAAGCUGAGAGGCAGGAAGCGGGCCAAUGACCCCGUCCCCCCUCUGGACUCUGACAUUGAGAGAGUGUUUAUUUGGGACCUGGAUGAGACCAUCAUCAUUUUCCACUCGCUCCUCACGGGGACAUUUUCCACACGCUUCGGCAAGGACUCUGGCAAGGCUGUUUCUCUGGGCUUGUGGAUGGAGGAGAUGAUCUUCAACUUGGCCGACUCACGGCUGUUUUUUAAUGACCUGGAGGAAUGUGACCAAGUUCACAUCGAUGAUGUGGCCUCGGAUGACAAUGGGCAGGACUUGAGCACGUAUAACUUUGGCACGGAUGGCUUCCAGAGCCCAGCAGGUGGAGGCACGCUCUGCUUGGGCUCAGGUGUUCACGGCGGGGUCGACUGGAUGAGGAAACUCGCCUUCCGCUAUCGCAGAGUCAAAGAGAUCUACAACACCUACAAGAACAAUGUAGGAGGUUUGUUGGGCAGUCCGAAGCGGGAAGAGUGGCUUCAGCUAAGACGGGAAAUGGAGGUUUUGACGGAUCUGUGGCUGACGCAGGCACUCAAAGCCCUCGCUCUCAUCAACUCCAGACCGAACUGUGUGAACGUGAUGGUCACCACCACGCAGCUGAUUCCAGCGCUCUCUAAAGUGCUUCUCUAUGGUCUUGGAGCAGCUUUUCCCAUUGAGAACAUCUACAGUGCCACCAAAACAGGUAAAGAAAGCUGCUUUGAGCGUGUGACUCAAAGAUUUGGUCGGAGAGCUGUGUAUGUGGUUGUAGGGGAUGGAGUCGAGGAGGAGACGGUCGCCAAGAAGAAAAACAUGCCGUUCUGGAGAGUGACGUGCCGGGCGGAUCUGGAGGCGUUGAGUCAUGCACUUGAGCUGGAUUACCUCUAGAGGGCAGCACCCGCCCGUCUGCCGUCUCCCGUUGCGCCUCAGACGUGUGCGGUCCACAGGAAUCACAUGACCCAGCCAAGAACUGCAGGACCAAUCAGCAGGGAACAGCAAUCUUACUGGAAACAUUUGCUUCAAAUCAAUCCAAGAAAAACGCUUUUGUCUCUUUCUCGUGCUCCACCUGAGAGGCUCAGCUCUUUCAUUCACUCGCUUUUCUUUACAAAGGCACUGCACUGAAAACAAAGACCCAUCAACCAACUGAUUCAGAAAGCCUGUGUUCGGAAUAACAUACUAUCACACUGCUCAUUUCUUCAGAUUGCAGUAUAUAUACUGUGCACAGUAUGUGUAUUUUCACAGAGACACAAGACGACAAUGGAGCACAGCACAUGGGUAUCCCAGAAUGCAAUGCACUUGACUUGAGUUUUUACAUCUCAUCUUUUUGGACUGACCAAAAGUAAAAGCAAUUCCCACAAAACUGGAUUAAAAAUGCAAAAUAAGUUUUUAUUUUUGAGAUGAUAACUAGAGGUCAUGUGACGGUAAUGCAGCAUACUACUGUUUGAAAUGUUUAUCAUAAUGCAUAAUGUGUACUAUUUUUUAUAUUAGGCAGUGUACAAUGUAAACUGUGCAGUAUGCUGUAAUGUUAGUAUUGUAUUCUGAACAUAGCCGUUCUGAAACAACCCAUUUUAAAAUUUAAAGGGGUGUAAAAAUAAGAUUUUAGCAUAAAAUAUAAGUUUUAGAUUUAUUAAAGCAGAAAAUUGAAAAAAGAUCAGAUUCAUAAGUGAAGAUGUAAGAUUUGACAUCAUUUUAUGUAAUCAAAACUGAUAUUUUUCUUGCAAUAUCCUACCAAAUCGAUUGAAUAUUGCAGCAUACAUAAAAAGAAUAAUUAAAUAUUAGCUGAAUUAAAAUGCAUUCAAAUUCAGAUGCAUUCUAUUGUACUAAAACUUUAGAGAAACUAACCCCUCACUUGAGUACAAAGUACUGCAAAUCCACUUAUUGUAAAGGAAACCCCCCUGAAGUGAUUUAAAAGUAAACUAACCAUGAAAUUAGCCAAACUAUUGUAGCAAAUUAUACUGGGACUAAAUUAAACGACAUGAUUAACUUAUGAAUUUGAGUGUCCUGUGAGUUUCCGACUUCUUUUCUUCCUGUGUCUCUGACGUGUGCCUGGAUCUUCAUGUGGUUUGUUACUGAUGUAUAUUUGUUACGUUGCUGAAGUUGAUAUACUAUAUACUGUAUGUGCCACUCUGACCUGCAUGUGCUCUUUACAAUCGCUUCUGUUCGCUAUAAUUUGUAUAUAAGGUUUUAUUGUUGAUUACUUCUGGGCUUAUUAUAAUAGAAUAAAGAUAAAUUAAUUUCA